AUGUCCUCCAUCUCAAGAACGCAGAAGGUAUUCUUCUCCAUCUCUUUCUUUUCCCACCUCUCACCUCUCUCUCCAGUAAAGUCAUUCAAUGGCUGUGGCUACUGCAGGUGGGCUCGAGCAAACCCUCAGAUCAAGUCUGUCUAUCACAAUCCAGGCUGGCCAGGCUGCUGUCGUCCCCCAGCUAUCAACGAACAACACUACAUUCAUGCCGCAGACUGGCCUUCAGUCAGCAUCGUACACCACGUACCCAUACCCGCAGAAAUAAAAUCGCUUCUCGACAGUCUCAUGCCCAAGGGAAACUCUCUCCCUGUCGGCACAAUCGGUCGCAGCGCAGGUGCACAAGCAUCAAAACCCGCUCUCGACCGCAGAAACAGCUGCACUAAUCAACCAGUCAGAUCCAACAGCCGUGACCAGCACGACAGGGCUCAGUCCCUCUCUAUUGCAGCCAGAGGACGUCCAGGUGGCAGUCCACCCCAGCAGUCAUCUACGCUAGGUCCAAACUCGCGUUCACCGGGAGCGCCCUCUUCCCUCCCAAAUUCAAAUUUCAUAGAUCAGUAUCUUCCACAGCGUCGUCACAAUUCGGAUCCUUCAGAAAAAUCUCGCUCUUCUCCCGUGCGGAAAAACGUCGAAUUAGAGGGAUCAGUUUCUCGACGUAACACGGCUGGACGAGCAUCGCUAUCGUCGGCUCUCUCUUCGAUGAAGGCCUCAGAAGAGGCCCCACGCCAGUCUUCGCUGUCUCGCUCUGCUUCGACGUCUAGCACGACUACACCGCCGCUGAAACCUUCUACGUUUGGCACGCGAGAACGCCAGAACACUGUCACAACGCGGGUGGUGCCGAAGAAGUCUACCGUAGAGGAAGCCAUGGCAGCAAUGGAGAUUGCAAGUAACUCCAGUAGUGGCAGUAGCGAUAGCGGUAGCUCAGGCUCCCGCGGAUCAGGCUCUCUCUCAGAUGCUACCAUAAUUUCGGACGGUGGUUUCACAGAUUACCUCUCUGACGAAUCAGAGGCUGAGCUGCAGAGGCAAGCAGAGGCCAAGGCUGCUCUCGUGGCACAGAAUCAAGCCGAGGAGUUAGAAUUUAAAGCAGCUAGACAGCAGCUAGCGGGAGUUGGCUUACAUCCGCCAAAAUCGUGGAACGAUACGAAUGACGGUGUUCCUCGCAUACAAGGUACUCCAUUACACGCACCAUACACACACCACGCGCCUUUUGCACCGACUUUUGCACAUACCGGUCCGACCACAUCCCGUGGAUAG